CACGUGGUGCAGACCAGCUUGCACCUGAGCCUUGAGCAUCGUCUGGGGUGCGGCCUCCUCUGUGACCUGGACACAGCAGAGAGGACACCCAAAUGCCAGGGCACCUGUCUAAAGGUGAGGUGCCCAGCCUGGGCAGCCAAGACCCAGAGUACCCAUCCUGGAAGCGUGGUGGGAGUGUUGAUGAGCACCCAUAAAGACUGCAGCCUAAGUGAGGCUCCCGGGCAGGGGCUGGUACAAGAGCUAUGGGACCAAUCCACAAUGCCUGAAGUCAAAGACCUUUCAGAAGCUUUGCCAGAGACGUCGAUGGAUCCCAUCACGGGAGUGGGGGUGGUGGCUUCUCGGAACCGAGCCCCAACAGGCUAUGAUGUAGUUGCACAGACAGCAGAUGGUGUGGAUGCUGACCUCUGGAAAGACGGCUUAUUUAAAUCCAAGGUUACCAGAUACCUGUGUUUCACGAGAUCAUUUUCCAAAGAAAAUAGUCAUUUAGGGAACGUGUUAGUGGAUAUGAAGCUCAUUGACAUCAAGGACACUCUGCCUGUAGGCUUCAUCCCAAUUCAGGAGACAGUGGACACACAGGAAUUGGCUUUUAGAAAAAAGAGGCUGUGCAUUAAAUUUAUCCCACGGGAUUCAACUGAAGCUGCAAUUUGUGACAUUCGGAUCAUGGGCCGGACCAAGCAGGCCCCUCCUCAGUACACGUUUAUUGGGGAACUGAACAGCAUGGGGAUCUGGUAUCGAAUGGGCAAAGUACCGAGGAAUCAUGAUUCAUCUCAACCCACAACACCUUCCCAGUCAUCAGCUGCUUCCACCCCAGCCCCCAAUCUCCCCAGGCACAUCUCACUAACGCUCCCUGCUACCUUCCGAGGCAGGAACAGCACUCGGGCUGACUAUGAGUACCAGCACUCCAAUCUGUAUGCCAUAUCAGCAAUGGAUGGUGUGCCUUUCAUGAUUUCAGAGAAGUUUUCUUGCGUUCCAGAAAGUAUGCAGCCCUUUGAUCUCUUGGGAAUCACCAUCAAAUCUCUGGCAGAAAUUGAAAAAGAGUAUGAAUACAGCUUCCGCACGGAACAGAGCGCUGCUGCCCGGCUCCCGCCCAGCCCCACUCGGUGUCAGCAGAUCCCCCAGUCCUGAGGGCCCGGCCACCACCCUGGCCCCGUGUGGAGAAGACGCUGCUGCCCAGACUACUGAGCGCCCCUCCCUCGCCCAGGCCCUCCUGCCCGCCCACCGUGGGGCUCAUCCGGGAGACCCUGGGCAGCUGGGCUGUGGCCUCCGCUUGCCUGACGGGACACCCCCGCCUCCCUGGAGACACUGUUCAUAAUCUGGACUAAUCUGUGUUUGCUGUAGUGACCAGCGGCUCCUAACGUGUCUGUGUGGCGACCAACCCUCCCACGAACAACCCUACCCACCGCGGGAGUCACCCCUGAGGGCCCCGCACACUUGCGGGAGCUGCCCAGUGACGCCUCGGGCCCCCUUUCCUCCUGUUGCCUGCCACGACGCUAUCCGUUUCCUUCUGGAAGCCCCGGGGCGGGUGGCAGCUGUGCAGAGCCCCCUCCGGGCCUCACCGCGGGCCCCAGACCCGGGGCUGCCGUGGAACAAGUCCCUCACGCCAACAGCAGCGAGCGCCCUGCGCAUUUCACGGCGACGCGGACGACACACAGGAGGAAGAAGCCCAUCGUCCCCAAGUGGCCCCGAGCCUGGGUCCCUGCCCCAGUGGUGGCCCCGCUAAGGUGGGGGAACAGCCGCCCGUUUGCCCACACAGGGGACUUGCCUUCUGGGCGAGAAGGCGGAGGGACCUGGUGCUUGCUCGGAGGCGAGUCUCGCUGCCCAGGACACUGUGCUCACCCCCACACCCCCGUUCCUCCCAAAGGGCUCAUCUCUGCAAUGCCCACGUGCCAACUGCCGUGCCAGCCGCCUCAGUGUCCUGGCCCAGGGACGGGCCCGCCCCCGGCCGCGGGUGAGAAGACACUCAGCCAGUGCCCAGCCCCAGAGGGAUGCGGGGACCGGGUUAGCUCGCUCCUCAGAGCCCGGCUGCAUCGUGAUGCGCUCUGCAAACAGCAACAGUUGUUUCAGGAAGUCCACAUGAGCCAGGCCACCGAACUGGGCCAGCGUGGACAUGUCUGCCACAACCAGCCAGUGGACGCACAGGCACUUCUCACCCUGCCGGCUGCCGAGUUCAGCUCCACACAUGUUUGCCAUGAGAACAGGGCUGCCGCCGUCCCUGGGGCCUCGGGCCCUCCCCCCGGUGGCCUGCCUGGUCUAGCUCUCAGGAUUGGUCUUGAAUUAGUUCCACAGAAUGUUGGUCUCUCCCCUCUUGGGGGUCCCCAGAUGGUGGGAGCUUUGGACAUGUGUCUGGAAGCUGGAGGGGGGCGCUUGGAGAAUGGGAAGGGUCCCCCACCACGAAGGGAGCCCAGGAGAACCAUGGCCGGGGAUGGACCCCACCUCCCUGGGGCUCCUGGGAUGGCUCGUGUUGGCCGGGGCACUACAGGCCAGCACUGUGAGGAGGGUGGCCGCUGGCUAAGAAGUAGGGCGGACAAAAAUACCUCAUGUACCUUCAUGGGCCCCGCCAUCUCCAGCAGCUCCACCCGCCCACCUGGGUCGCCCGUGGAUCAUUCGAUACCUCCUGCUCUCUGUGCAUUAGGGAAGUGGUCGCCUCUCCCUGCCUUCACCCGGAUCUGAGGACGUCCCUGGUGGGGCCGGCCUUCCUGGGCCUCCCACACAGCAGAGUGGCAGGAAAAUGCAGGUAGUGGGUGGAACCCCCAGGGGGCCACAGGCUGGAGCCAGCAGUCCAUCGGAGGACCCUUGGGGAUUGGUGCUUAACCAGGAGAGGAGAGAGCUCUUGAACUGGUCUCAGAUGUCCCCACUGAAAUAAGCUAGUCGUCUUUCUGGGGAAUUGGAGCCCCGUGGGGCCCAGAGGACCCGGGUCUACUGCUGCUUUUUGGAUGGGUGGCUGGUCCAGAACCAAGUGACCCAUGUGACCUGAAGCCCCACAGAGAGGGGCAACUCUGAUUACUCCUCUUCACUUGGUUUGUGCACUUUGCUCACGGCCUGAUUGUGAGAUCGUCAUCUGACAGUGCCUGGUGGCCCUUGUCUGACAACUGGGCAUUUUAGCAGAGGUGUCCAGAGACGUGCGCACGGGAGCCCGAGUCCAGGUGCACGAAGGCAGAGCCGGGCCGGGAGGGUGGCUGUCCGGGGAGGAGGAGGGUGCGCAACCUCCCGAGCCCCCAGGCCGUCCUGCAGAUAGGGGAUGGACCAAGAGCAAGGCCGGGCCGGAGGCCACCAGGAGGCGGACAGAGCAGCUGGGCUUGGAUAAGCUGUGCCACCUCCACCACAUCAUAGACAGAAGCUACGUGUGACAGUGACUGUUUGUACCCCUGAACCACCCUUAGACAAGUUAGACAGUGACCAGGGUAGAUUGCAGGCUGCUCUUUGCCCUCUUUCCUGGCCUUCUGGGGGGGGGGGGGGCAGCCCGCCGUGGGACAGUAGGCUGGGGGGGGCACGUGGGGGCUUGUGUGGAUUGCAGGACAGCCAGGACCCCUGGCUUGUGCCUGGGAGCGUUUCUGCACCAGCGCUGGGGUCCCGUGGGGAGGGGACGACGAGGGUUCUUGGGAAGGGCAGCAGCCUGGCCCUCGGCCCCCCAGCACUCCCUGCUGCCGUCCCCCCUCAAAAAGACUAACCAGAGCACAGCUUCCCUGUUGUCUUUCCUUUUCCCUCUGAAAAUUCAGUCUCCCUCCAAAGCCCUUGGAAAUGGCACAAAGGUAACAAGGAGUAAGUUGUUGACUUCAUGUCCACUCACAAAUUUGUUUCAAGGCUUUUUCCCCCACCCCGGGUCCAGGAACUAAUCUGGGCCACAACCCUCUUCCACUUGGGGGGCUGGGAGCCCCGGUGGUGGAGGCAACAGGUGUCCCGACCCCCCACCUCCCUCGCUGGAAGUCCAGACUGCCGCCCCCGACACGCCCCUGUCCGGUGUCCUUCGGGACACCCUCCCGGGGCAGGCGACAGCAAGGACUCACCCACACCGAAGCCCCUGCUCCUUGCCAGGCCCUAGGCCGGCACUUUAAGCACAUUUUCUCCUGUUGUUCCCCUUAAAAAACACACACCCAGAAGCGGAUGUUUGUUGCUCCUUGUGGCAGCUGAAGCAGCGGAGGCCUGUCCGCCUCGGACACGGGGCACAGGGCAGGCACGGGGCGGGCACGGGGCAGAGCCGGAAUCUGGAACCGGGUCUCGUCUCACAGCCGCCCCACCAGCAGGCCCGUCACAAGCACAUGUCCAGUAAAGACUUCCCAGCACCACCAGCCACGCUGGUUCUAGCAUGAUCAGCCGCCGCUGCACGGCGCCAUGGUGCUCAGCAUGGGGCAGGAGCCCGCCUGCCCGCUCGCUCCACCCCAACCAGGGCCCCCGGACACCGGGAGCCUGAGGGCCAAGCAGGUGCAUGCCUGUGGGGGCCAGAAGCCGAGCUCAUCUGACUCGGUUCACCGUCCGCCAUGCCCUCGGGACCUGGAGGGGAUGGCCGGGCCCCCACCCCACCCAAGCAGCCUGGCACCCCUGGGUCAGCCCCUCUUUCUUCGCCCCUUGUGAAUGCCACCCGGGAGUGGCCGUCGCCCCCAAGACAGGGCUUCUGUUCUCCCAGCAGAAGGCAUGGGAGCUGCCCUGGGGCCGCACGGGGCCGGGGCCAGGCCACUGUGCACUCGCCCUAGGAACGAUGUCCUUACCGUAUUUAUUUGAGGUGACUCUUGUAUUUGGCAAAGGGAAGUUUCACUGUGUGAUUGUCUGUCUUAAUAUAAUUUGUUAAAUAAACGUUUGUUUUAACCUUU